AUGUCUGGAACUGGUCCUCUUGCUCCUGGCGCUGCCACUCUUGAUCACACCAGCAGUUCUGUCCCUGUCUCGACUCCUGUUGCUGGCUCUACUACUGGUGCUCCUGUCACCAAGAACAGUCUUCGUUCGAGACUUCCUCCUGUGUUGACCUGGGAGAACCCUGUUCGAUCCGGCACUGUUCUCGCCGAGAUCCUGGGUGUUCUUAUCGUUCUCCGAUACGCCAAUCUCGUGCGAUUGGCUCUUCGUUUUACUUAUAUUGCCAUUGGUGUCACUGGUGCUGCUGAGUUUGCUACCCGACACUUGUACGGCAGUUCGACCGGAUUUGUUUCCUCUUACCGUCCUUCUCGUUUCAUCCAUCUCAACCAAGCUUCUAUUGAAAAGUAUGCUUCCUGUGCCACCAAGGCUGUUGUCCACUCUGUCAAUGAUGCCAAGAGACUUCUCGAUGCCGAAGACUUGUCUUUGUCUUUGGGAUCUUUCAUCACUGUCUUUGUCCUGUAUGUUUUGACAGGUUUCUUGUCUAUCUCGACUCUUUUGAUCAUUUCUGCAGUGGCUCUAUUUGCCGUUCCUCCUAUUUACCUGCAAUUCCAGACCGAGAUCGAUGAUUUGCUUGCUCAUUUCCACAAACAAGCCCACGAGCACUACAAGAACGCUCAUGGUCAAGUCAUGAACGCUGCUGGACCCCAUCUCGACGUUGCCAAGAAGCACUUCAACAAUGUGGCCUCUGCUGUUGGUAUUAACCGUGGAGGGUUCCCUGUAGGCUCGACCGGCAGCAAGCAAGACAUCCCCACCAAACCCGCCGAGCCCGUCGACGUUCCCGGCGGAGCUGCCAUCACUCCCUCGACUCCCAUCCCCGAAAAGAAGGCUCCCCGCCUGUCCGAAGACGCCUCGGCCAUCCUCAAAUCGCACGAAGCCACUCAAAACAUCGACUCGGUCCCCACUAUUCUCGGCAACGUCUCCCUCGAUCCCCACGCCUCGUCCACCCCUCACCACGUUCCUCCCACCACCACUGCCCAAGACUACAUCUCCGAAAUCGCUGACAACACCACCCAGACCUCCUCUCUCUAA